AACUUUUUUUUCCCAACAAUUACUGUGAACUCAAUAACUAUUUUGCGAUAACAAUGUGAUGACCAAACAUGUGAUGGCCAUCGGGUAAUGAUUACCGAAGAAGACACACACACACAAUGGAUGACUUGAAACGGGAGAAUCAACGAUUGGCCAGCGAACUGGCCAAAUAUCAGGCCGAGUGUCGGCAAAUGUGGUCAUUGAGACAAUCGAUGCAUAGAGUGGUAUCGUUUGCAUCGAAAUUGCAAUCCGACUGUCGGUGUCCACAGUUUGAACAGUUUCGCCAGUUUGGCGGCCAAUUGAUUGCCGAAUAUAACAAAAUCAAGUCAUUCAACCAAAACACGGGAACUCUGCCGAUGAUUGGCAGCCAACAGAUGGUCAACAAAGAUAGGCCGACAAAGACGACGGCCACCGCCGCCGCUGUUGCCAACAAAUCAGCCGUUCAAUUGGCUGCCGAUAAAAGUCCACCAGUGAUGAUGAAGACAAAGUCAUCGACAAACAAGAAGACAACUGUUAUCACUAUAGUAGACGAUGAGGACGACAAUGACAGCCAAGAAGUGAUAGUCGAUGGUGUAGUAGAUAUUGACAACAAUGUCGUCGUCGUCGGCGUCGACAGUAACCAGCCGUACCCUGAGGUCAACAUUUAUCUGUGCGGCAAAGGCGGCUGUCGCGAACGUUUUGCAGCUGUUGAACCACUUCACCAACACUUGACCGAUGUUCACAAAGUCGAGACCGAUUUUGCCGAACUUAGACAACGACUUACUGUCGGCUACUAUAUUAAAACAAUGAAGAGCUUGUCAACGAAAAAGGCGUCGACACUAAUCAAAAACAGUUUGACUACUAAAGCGGUGACGACGAAGACAAUGACGACGCCAGCGGAGACCAAUCUGACAGCCGGACAGCCGUUGACUAUUAUGACCAAAGAUGGCAAACAGUUGACAAUUCCGUCGUCACUUUACAGCAACAACAACAACAACGGCAACACCGGUACUAUAUUGUUAGUGCCGACGUCGACGACGACGACGACGCCAUCAAACACUGGCAACCAUUGUAUUCAUUGUAAUAAAAGUUUUGACAGCAGUGACCAACUGACCGAUCAUUUCAAGACAAUACAUAAGACUGAUACAGUUAUGAAUAACUUUUAUCGGAUACCGGUCGGCAGUGCCAGCGGUGGUGAAGCACAUCUAAUGGUUCCCAUUACUGCUAACACAACAUCGACAGUGGCGCCGGCAGUAGCCUCCGUACCCAUUGUGGCCUACCGUAGCUUUAAAGUAUCGGCAUUUAAUCAGUUUAUAUGCCGACACUGUUCGUAUCGUUGCAAAGGAUGCGGUACUCAUCGAAACAAGUUUUCGGACGCCACACUCGCGGCCUUUAUGCGCGAACAUUUGGACAGACAGCACCCGAACUACCGGAGCUCGUUUGAUAAAGUUUUGGAAGCGAAAGCCCGAAACCAGUCCCUAAUGAUGGAGUGUUUGCAAUGUAAUGAACUGUUAGACGGAACCAAACUGUCAUUCAUACAGCACCACGGCUUAUGCCAUUCCGCUGCCAACAGCGCUGCCUAUAGUCUAUGCUGUGAUUCGUGUACAUACACUACCCAAUCCUACGAACUGCUUGUCAAACAUAUUCAUCUUUAUCACUACGAAGUUUGUCUGAGUGAUGGUAAUAAAGUUAUAGUGGGAUCUACUGGUAUUGUAACUGUUGAACAACAACAACAAUCCGAUGCCAACAACAACAACAACACUACCGCUGCUGAUGCUAACGAAACGAUUACCGGUAAUGAACAACAAGUGACUACCACUACUACUAAUGAUGAACUACUUGAGCAUCAGUUGAUAGAGACAGCCCAACAACAACAACAACAGGAACCGCCAGCGGCGGCACCGUUAGCUGCCGCUGUUGGCAAAGUUUGGACUGCACCCAAACGCUAUGCUUGUAGUCAACCUAAAUGCCAAAAACAAUUUCGUCAAGCAAUCCUACUGUUAAAGCACGUGCGAAACACGCACAAGAUUAUCGAAUGCGACAAAUGCGGCGGCGAAUCGUUCAAAAGUGUCCAACUAUUGAACGCCCAUCUACUGAAAUGUCAUCGGGAGUAUCUGAUCCGAUGCAAUAGUUGCGAUUACUAUACAUUUUGGCCAGAAUUUCACGACCGACACAUACGUAAUAAUCAUACGAUUCCCUGGUCAGUAUGUCCGUACAAAGAUUGUGGCCAACGUAGGCGUACGGCGGGCGGUAUGGAAAAACAUAUUAACACUGUUCACAAACACCAGCACCGGCCUCAUCGGUGUCCGGAAUGUGAUCAACGAUUUUUCUCAGGUCAACAGUUGACCUCACAUUUGGCUAAACAGCAUCGGCAGAGUGUCUACAAGUGCCAGGAUUGUGGUUAUAGUAGUUCCAAUAAGACAGUUGUCGACAGGCACCGGGAACAGAAACAUACCGAUACCGAUAGAAUCUAUAAGUGUAAUGCCGACGGCUGUACGUUCGAGACUAGGCUGAGGAAUGGCCUACAGAGACAUAAAAUGCGAUGGCAUAGUCAGCGACACGUUUGCACGUUUCGACAGUGCGGUCGAGUGUUUACAGUUAAUGCCGAACUACAGCGACACUCACUUAAACAUCCAUUUCCACACGUAUGCGAUCAGCCUAACUGUGAUCGGGAUUUUCAAUGGAAAACACUGUUAGAUCGGCACCAGUAUGUCGUACACAAUGUUAUACCACGUAAAAGGAAGCGUAAAGGCCGUUGUAAACCCGCUGCUGCUGUCGAUGGUGUUUCAGACACACCCACUACUACUAAAUUUACUAUAGGUAUUACUAAAUAACCAAAUAGUUAGCAACUGUUAGAUAGGUAUAUAUCUGUAUGAUUACAAUGGAUUGCUUGGAACUCCAGAUUCAUUAUCAAUAGACGACUGUCCCCUUUGAUUGAUAACUAACUAACUGUUUGAUUGAUUGAUUUAAUGAAUGAAUGGCAAAAC